AUGCCAAGUGUGCCGCACGAGGGCAGCUCAGACCACUCUAUGUGGAAAAGGACCACAACUUGUAGAUGUGUUUCGCUGUCAGCCGCGUGUCUGCAGUCCACUGCAAGGAUGCUUCAAAGCACCACAGAUUCGUGCGCGGAGCCGAGACAAUUGUGGAACCACUACCACAUGACGCCUUUCUUCGCGAACGAAGGCUGGCAGCACUGGUGCCUUUCGAUAAUCCACGGCUUCUUCGCGCAUACGAAGUGCUCUUCUUUCGGCUGGACCUUUGAGGUUGCACUGAUUGCCAGGCGCUCGCGAUUCUAUGCAGGAACCCGCUAUCGAAAGCGCGGGCUCAACGUGGAUGGCCAGGUUGGGAACGAUGUGGAAACCGAGCAGCUGCUUUGCGACGACUCUCUGCGCCAUUUGUCAACUGGCCACGUGAUGAGCUUCGUCCAGAUCCGUGGUAGCGUGCCGCUGUUCUGGUCACAAGAAGCGACCGCCAUCAAUCCAAAGCCACCGGUCGUGUAUCCGCGCUGUGACCCGACGCUGUCUGCUACACGCCGACACUUUGCUGACUUGCUUGAGAGGUAUGGCACUCCACAGCUCGUGGUCAACCUUAUGAAGGCCAAGAAGGUGAAUUGCCAUCCCAGAGCCCGUCUUUUCUGCAUCUGCUCGAACAAGGACACGAUUCUUGCCCCACCAUGCUCAAGCUGCAGGUAUAGCCAAUGUAAGCCUACGGCAAAGCAAGCAGACAACCGCCCUGCUCAGCGAUGCUGCAGUGCAAUCUUGGAACCCGAAGCUCACAUCAUGCAGUCUGCCCAAAGGAAUGAGUUUAUCUAG